AUCACGAUUAUUUCUGGCACCGCUCGCCUGCAACUCGUCCGACCCCGAACUCUGCUGCCCGUCUGACUAGUCGUGGCGGAUUUUCUUCUUCGUCCAACCUUCGAAUUAGUCCCAGCCUGCCGAUAAGGACUGCCCGAAGAUGAGUGGUGUGCUGUCCGUCGCGCAGCGGGCCUCCGUGAUGAAAGCGCUAGGCAAGCCGUGGAUUGCAGCUGCGGCCAGCAGGAAUUUGCACUACACAGUCAACGGCAGUAACAGAUCUCAGGCGAAAGUUUCCGACUCGAUUUCCAGAGACUACCCUGUAGUCGAUCACACCUACGAUGCUGUGGUUGUUGGUGCUGGAGGUGCAGGCCUUAGGGCAGCCUUUGGUUUGGUAGCUGAGGGCUUCAAGACCGCCGUGGUGACAAAACUGUUUCCCACGCGCUCCCACACAGUUGCUGCUCAGGGUGGUAUCAACGCUGCCUUGGGCAACAUGGAGGAGGACAACUGGCAGUGGCACAUGUAUGACACGGUAAAGGGAUCUGAUUGGCUCGGAGACCAGGAUGCCAUUCACUACAUGACCCGAGAGGCACCCAAGGCUGUGAUUGAGCUUGAAAACUACGGCAUGCCAUUCAGCCGAACCAAUGAGGGAAAAAUUUAUCAGAGGGCUUUUGGAGGUCAGUCACUGAAAUUCGGCAAAGGUGGCCAAGCUCAUAGGUGCUGUUGUGUUGCCGAUCGAACGGGCCACUCCCUUCUGCACACCCUCUACGGACAGUCGCUCAGCUACGACUGCAAUUAUUUUGUUGAGUAUUUUGCAUUGGAUCUUCUCAUGGAGAAUGGGGAGUGUCGAGGUGUACUUGCCCUCAAUAUGGAGGACGGCUCCCUGCACAGAAUCAGGGCCAAGAACACAGUCUUAGCCACUGGUGGUUAUGGCCGUGCUUAUUUCUCAUGCACCUCUGCCCACACUUGCACUGGUGAUGGUACUGCAAUGGUCUCAAGAGCAGGCCUUGCUAACCAGGACUUGGAGUUUGUCCAGUUCCAUCCUACUGGAAUUUACGGUGCAGGAUGUUUGAUCACCGAGGGCUGCCGAGGAGAGGGUGGAUAUCUGAUCAACUCGGAAGGUGAAAGAUUCAUGGAGCGUUAUGCCCCAGUGGCAAAGGAUUUAGCUAGUCGUGAUGUUGUGUCCAGGUCAAUGACCAUCGAAAUUAGGGAGGGACGUGGCUGCGGACCUGAAAAGGACCAUGUUUACCUGCAACUGCACCACUUGCCCCCUGAGCAAUUGGCCACCCGCUUGCCUGGAAUUUCAGAAACUGCAAUGAUUUUUGCUGGAGUCGAUGUGACCCGAGAGCCAAUUCCUGUUCUGCCCACUGUCCAUUACAACAUGGGAGGCAUUCCCACAAACUACAAGGGACAGGUAAUUCAACACGCCAACGGCAAAGACAAGGUUGUCCCAGGAUUGUAUGCUGCUGGCGAAUCUGGCUGCUCGUCUGUGCACGGAGCCAACAGACUUGGCGCCAACUCGUUGCUAGAUCUGGUUGUGUUUGGCAGAGCUUGUGCUCUUACAAUUGCUGAUGAACACAAACCUGGAGAGAAAAUUGGAGAACUGAGUGCUAAUGCCGGAGAGGAAUCGGUGGCCAAUAUGGACAAGAUAAGGUUUGCUGAUGGUGACAUUCCGACAGCUCAGCUGAGACUUGAUAUGCAGAAGACAAUGCAGAACCACGCAGCCGUCUUCAGGACAGGCACUGUGCUUAAAGAAGGAUGUGUCAAAAUGGACAAGAUCUACGGAGACCUCAAACACAUUAAGGUUCAUGACCGAAGCAUGGUUUGGAACUCUGACUUGGUGGAAACAUUGGAGCUGCAGAACCUCAUGCUGAACGCCAUGCAAACUAUUUACAGCGCUGAAGCAAGGAAGGAGUCGCGAGGAGCCCAUGCUCGUGAAGAUUUCAAGGAUCGUAUUGAUGAAUUAGAUUAUUCAAAGCCAUUGGAAGGACAGAAGAAGAUACCAAUGGAGCAGCACUGGCGCAAGCACACACUCAGUGCAAUUGACCCUGAAACUGGAAAGGUCACCCUCACAUACAGACCAGUGAUUGAUCAGACCUUGGACCAGAAAGAGUGUGCGACUGUGCCACCUGCAAUCAGGUCUUACUAAGAUCUGGGAAUAGAAGUCCUGCAUUUUACUUAGCCAGCACAGAAAAUUAUUAUUUAUUCUAUUGCUGUAAAUAAAAUGAACCUCGAGUAAUUAAAUGAAAGAUUCUUGGUACAAUAAAAUGAGAACUGAUUCAGCUUAAA